AUGAAGGAGAACGCAACGGCUCCUUCUGUAGAAAGCUGUCCCGAAGUGGUUCUCCAUCUUACUGAGCACGAGAAGUCGAUACCACUUUACGACUUACCAUCACUGUUGCUCAUGCGAUGGAUUGUCACACCUUCUAUUAGUCAUAGAAAGGUAAUAGCACAACUUAUAGCCGGAGGUGAACAAGAACUAGCUUUUGGAUUACCUUUCAAAAGUACCCGAUUUAUUUUGUUUUUUGUGCUCGGUGUUGUUAUGUUGCUACUAUCUCCUGCUCUGGUUGCCUUUAUGUUUAUUCUAAGAAGAAAAAAGGACUCUAACUAUGAACCUAGUGAUGAGAUCAUUCUAAUUGUUAUAUAUGUUGCUUUGGUAAUCUUGUCAGUUUUGGCGGGAAUACUUACAUUAUUACUUAUUUGGAACCAUGAAAAAAUUGACCAGUCACCAUCUGCAGUGAUAAAACGUUACGAUUUGUACGAACUUUUGCGACAUCAUAGAGUCAGGCUCAAUUGCUUAUUGAGUUUUGAUCUUGUAGCGGAAGAAGUUAAAUUCGAAGGAUCGCAUGAAGUUGAAGAGGCGGCGGGAUUACUUCUUGAUGCACAUGCCGCUCGAGAGGUUUUGAGCUACAAACGUACAUUAGAUGACCUUCUUGAAAGUCUCUUUUUCGGUAACAAAAAGCAGGAAGAGAGAAAGGCAAAACGUCUGCUCAAGAUGCCCAUCACUCGUGAUACUUUGAAUAAAGCACUUCUGUCCACAUACGCGCAGGGGGUUACUGGGACCAUUGACGAGUAUGCCAAGAUAAAAGAUUUGAUUGUAAAGAUCAUUGAGCAGGUAGCUCUGAGGCUUAGACAGCUGCAGUUUAGAACAGCUGGAUUGUUUAUAAAUGGUAUCUCAACAGUGAUUUCUUGGGUGUGUGUGCUUGCGGCUAUUGUAAGUGUAUGCUGUUGUGUUCUUGUCAAGGCAAUCUUUCUUUCAAGAUGGGGUAUGUACAAUGGAUAUUUACUGACAUUCUAUGGCAAGAGCACGCCAAUGAAAAUCCAAGAUUUUACCGCUGUAAACGUGAGCUUCGUCAAUGCCCCAAGAUACGAUAUGAGUCUUUCACGGUUUCUUUGGAAAUGCAGAAAAGGUUCAAGCUUACUAGAUGCUCUUGGUACGUGGAGAUUUAGUGAACGUGAAUUCAUGCGGAUUCAACAAAUUAAUCUCGAUCGUCAAAUGUCAGUGCCAAAGCCAAAUCCAGAAUUUUUCGUAAAGUAUAUCAACGGCCUCAUCAACGAGACUAAGUCUAGCUACGAAGCGUACUACUCUGUUUUUGGCAAAAGAUCUACUGGGAUAAACUUUCAGAAUUUAAUUGGAGCACUGCAAAUGGUGAAACAAAUUGAUGAGAAUGAUUUAAACGUCAUUCAAAGAAAAAUACCCAGUAUGAAACGCAACUUUUCGGUAGGAUCGUCAAUAAAGGAAGCACUGGACAAAGCGAAGAGUAGACGACACAAAUGCGAUAACAUCCUCACCAUGUGGAAAAAUAUGAACGAAAUGCUGACAGACGAAGUUGCCUCAUCUGCUCAAGGACAGUGGAUGAUUUGUGCUUUGAUCGGUAUUGAUAUGCUAUGCGCCUUUGUUGCGUCGAUGUGGAUACACAUGAUCCUGUGCACAAUAGAAACAACUUCACAAAGUUCCUCCUCACAGAGCACAAAAGCCGAAACAGUAAAUCCAAACACACCUAUUCCCAACGCUCCUGCAGAUUUAUGA